UUCCUCUCUCUCUCUCUCUCUCUCCGUCGUCGUCUUCCUCUUCCCCUAGUCAAUUUCCAACGAAGCCCGAAGAACCGAGCCGCCCUUGCCGAGAACUGAAGCCACCGGACGCGCGGCCUCCUCCCGCCGCCUCUGCCGCCGAAAUCCGUGCGAGAAUGACGAUGUCGGAGGCCGAGGCCGGCAGGGCGGCGAUCCGGCGUGCCUUGCGCUCGCUGAAACGGAGGCACCUCGCUGAGGAAGGGGCGCACCGCCCGGCCAUCGAGGCGCUCACCCGUCCCUUCGCUGUCCACGCUUUGGAGUGGAAGGAGAAGGCUGAGAAGCAUGAGUUGGAACUGCAGCAGUGCUACAAAGCGCAAUCCCGGCUGUCUGAGCAGCUUGUAACCGAAAUAGAAGAGGGUAAAGCAUCAAAAGCGCUGCUCAAAGAGAAGGAAGCAACGGUUACAAGUUUGCAGGCUGAACUUGAGAAGACGAGCGAAGAGAAUGUGCAGCUAAAGCAAUCACUUGACGAAAAAACAAAAGCCUUAGAUCUUCUUAUUCAGGAGCACCAGGCAGUUAAAGCCGAACUUGAGCAGGCAUUAACAAAACUUAAAGCUGCAGAGGAUGAGAACCAGAGUCUGAUUGAUAGAUGGAUGCUAGAGAAGAUGAAAGAUGCCGAGAGGCUCAACGAGGCCAAUGCGAUGUAUGAGGAGAUGGUUCUAAAGCUAAAGACAGCUGGAGUUGGUGGUAUACAACACAAUGCACAGCAAGAAGCUGAUGGCAUCAUACGGCGUUCUGAAGCUGGUUAUAUGGAAACACUAAUCCCAUCAACAUGCACAAUCACUAUUCGUGCUCAUGAUGGUGGAUGUGGAUCUUUGAUGUUUGAGCAUAACUCAGACAAGCUAAUUAGUGGCGGUCAGGAUCAAACUGUUAAGAUAUGGGGUGCAUAUACUGGUGCCUUGACCACCACUCUACAUGGUGUCUUGGGCUCUGUUAAUGAUCUUGCUGUGACCAACGAUAACAAGUUCGUGGUUGCUGCCUGUAGCUCCAAUAAGCUGUUUGUGUGGGAAGUCAAUGGGGGGCGUCCUCGUCACACUCUGACUGGUCACACGAAAAAUGUUUCUUCCGUUGAUGCCAGCUGGGUGAAGAGCUUUGUUGUUGCGAGUUCAUCCAACGAUCGUACAAUCAAGAUUUGGGAUCUCCAGACAGGUUUCUGCAAAAGCACCAUAAUGUCAGCAAGCAACCCCAACUCACUAGCUUUCAUUGAUGGUGACAUCAUUUGCUCGGGUCAUAGGGAUGGAAAUCUUCGGCUAUGGGACAUCCGUAGUGGGAAAUGCACUACACAGAUAGCUGCUCGUCUUGAUGUCACCUCGGUCUGCGUGUCACGGAGCAAAAAUUUUAUUCUUACAAGUGGGAGAGAUAACGUGCACAACCUUUUUGAUGUUAGAACAUUGGAGGUUUGUGGAACAUUCAGGGCCACCGGUAACAGAGUGGUGGGCAGCUUUGGCAAACCCUGUAUAAGCCCUGAUGAAAAUUGCAUUGCUGCUGGUUCUUCUGAUGGAUCUGUUUACAUAUGGUCAAGAUUGAAGAAUGAAAUGCCGACCGUCCUAGAGGGCCAUUCUUCGCCAGUUCUCGCAAGUGCAUGGUGUGGACUAGGACCCCUUGCCACCUCAGACAGAAAUCAUAUUUAUAUCUGGUCUUGAGAGAUCUAAAAUGUCACUAAUGACCAAUCCAAGAUCUGGAGUAUUUCACUUCAAUAUGCUAGUAUCUGCUCUCUUCCUUCUUGAUAACACUAGUUUUCAUUUGAAUGACUUAGCUGGUUUCUGAACGCUGUAAAUAUCAAAAUUAGCAGUUUGUCACAGCAACUACUUCAAUUCGCCAUCUGUGGAAAUGCUUAGAAGGUUUUCAUGGCAGGAAUUUCUUGCUAUUGCUGAUUCA